AAAAUGCCGUCACAUAGACAUAUGAUUAAGAAGAAACUGGCGAAGAAGCAGAGGCAAAACAGGCCCAUUCCUUACUGGAGCCAUAUGAGGACUGACAACACUAUCAGGUACAAUGCUAUGCGCAGGCACUGGCGUAGAACCAAGCUAGGGUUUUAAGGUGGAAGA